GUGAUCUUGUCCUCCUCUAUUCCAUCCUCGAUCGUCUUGAUGGAAACCUGCACAAGUGGCCGUUGUGGUCCCCCGUUGGAGCUCAAAGUCUGGAUCCAGCCAUUACUGUAGCCUUAGGCAGUAUUAUGCGCCCCGCGUUUAGUUCAUCUCCCCUGCUUCCAGUGAGCAUGAGCUUUAUCCACAUCUCUCAAAACUGUGAUCUACGAGUCUCCCUAUCUUAGUUUACCCUUUAUUCUUCCUGCCACAGUACGCUUUUUCAAACUUCACUUCCCCCAUGGCGGACAGGCAGGCCAUUCAGCAGAAUCUCAACAGUCUGUUGUUGAAGCUCGACGACCCAGAUGCAGAUCUGAGAUAUAUGUCCUUGAAUGAUUUACUAGGCAUCCUGAAUAAUCCCAACUCUUCAUUUCUUGCCCACGAUCAACACUCGGCUUCGAGACUCGUCGACGGAUUGCUCAAAGCUCUAGAUGACCAACAUGGCGAUGUUCAGAAUCAAGCGCUGAAAUGUCUCGGUCCGCUUGCGCUUCGGCUGCCCUUUGAAAGCCUCAUGCCUCUUCUCGAGAAACUGUCGACCUUAACCGCCUCACAAUCCAUCGAUGCCUCAGUUCCCAACACUGCCCUCCGAGUCAUUGUCACAGCACUUCCUCGUCCUCAACCAGGGCAAGCACCCAGCAAAGAAGCCACCAUGGCAUACUCCGCUGUCUCGAGGGUUCUCAUUCCCCGCUUAAUCGGUCCCACGCCGUCGCCUUCCAACCGAAGGGGUAGUGUUGUAAAGGGAAUGCUGGAAAAGGAUCCUGCUAAAGGCUUCAGUAGCGACGCAGUUGAUGUCCUGAUCCAAGUGGUCACAUGCUUUGGACCUCUUCUCAAGGAAGAGGAGUUGAGCGCACUGCAGAAGUCUGUCAUGUCCAUCAUUGACAACGACACGGCUGGUACCGUUGUCACCAAAAGAGCAUUGGCCGCUAUCUCAGUGCUUGUGCUCCACUUCUCGGACAACCAACUAAACGCCUUUGUGGCCGAACUCGUCGAGAGAUUCAAUUCCUCACAGUUGACGACCGUUCACCGGCGGCAUCUGAUUGCUACAGUGGGCAGCAUAGCCAAAAGUGCUCCGACCAAGUUCGGGCCCCAUCUUCAGACAUUAGCGCCUUUUGUGUUCUCGGCGGUGGGAGAGGAGAGUCUUGGUCAGGUAGCUUGAGUAUACCCAUUGAAUGGCGUGUCUACGAAAAUGCUCCGACCAGUGCAGUAGCAGCAUAAGAUCCCCAAAUCAGAUACCCUGUCCAUGGUAGCCUUGGCCUUUCUC